CGCGCGCAGGCUGCUGGUUCUUUUGGUGGCUUCUUCUGCGCCCCCCCCCCCACCGCCGCCUCCGCUACCUGCGCCCCCGCUUCGGUCCGUGGUGCAGCCGGACCAGCACCAUGUCGCUGUCGCGCUCGGAGGAGAUGCACCGCUUGACGGAAAAUGUUUAUAAGACCAUCAUGGAGCAGUUCAACCCCAGCCUGCGGAACUUCAUCGCCAUGGGGAAGAACUACGAGAAGGCCCUGGCAGGUGUGACCUACGCUGCCAAAGGCUAUUUCGACGCCCUGGUGAAGAUGGGUGAGCUGGCCAGCGAGAGCCAGGGCUCCAAGGAGCUCGGAGACGUCCUCUUCCAGAUGGCGGAGGUCCACAGGCAGAUUCAGAACCAGCUGGAAGAGAUGCUGAAGUCCUUUCACAACGAGUUGCUCACACAGCUGGAGCAGAAGGUGGAGCUGGACGCCAGGUACUUGAGUGCGGCCCUGAAGAAGUACCAAACGGAGCAGAGGAGCAAGGGCGACGCACUGGACAAGUGCCAGGCCGAGCUGAAGAAGCUGCGCAAGAAGAGCCAGGGCAGCAAGAACCCGCAGAAGUACUCGGACAAGGAGCUGCAGUACAUCGAUGCCAUCGGCAGCAAGCAGGGCGAGCUGGAGAGCUACGUGUCAGAGGGCUACAAGACGGCGCUCACCGAGGAGCGGAGGAGGUUCUGCUUCCUGGUGGAGAAGCAGUGCGCCGUGGCCAAGAACUCCGCCGCCUACCACUCCAAGGGCAAGGAGCUGCUGGCGCAGAAGCUGCCGCUGUGGCAACAGGCCUGUGCCGACCCCAACAAGAUCCCGGAUCGCGCGGUGCAGCUGAUGCAGCAGCUGGCAAGCAGUAACGGCACCGUCCUCCCCGGCUCACUGUCAGCCUCCAAGUCCAGCCUGGUCAUCUCAGACCCCAUUCCCGGGGCCAAGCCCCUGCCGGUGCCCCCCGAGCUGGCCCCAUUUGUGGGGCGACUGUCCGCCCAGGAGAACGCGCCCAUCAUGAACGGCGUCUCGGGCCCAGACAGUGAAGACUACAGCCCCUGGGCUGACCGCAAGGUGGCCCAGCCCAAGUCAACGUCUCCUCCGCAGCCACAAACCAAGAUGAGCGACUCCUAUUCCAACACACUGCCCGUGCGCAAGAGCGUGGCCCCGAAAAACAGCUACGCCACCACAGCCGAGAACAAGACGCUGCCUCGCUCCAGCUCCAUGGCGGCCGGCCUGGAGCGCAACGGCCGCAUGCGGGUCAAGGCCAUCUUCUCCCACGCUGCCGGCGACAACAGCACCCUGCUGAGCUUCAAGGAGGGCGACCUCAUCACCCUGCUGGUGCCUGAGGCCCGCGACGGCUGGCACUACGGCGAGAGCGAGAAGACGAAGAUGCGGGGCUGGUUCCCCUUCUCCUACACCCGGGUGUUGGACGGCGAUGGCAGUGACAGGCUGCACAUGAGCCUGCAGCAGGGGAAGAGCAGCAGCACGGGCAACCUCCUGGACAAGGAGGACCUGGCCCUCCCGCCCCCCGACUACGGCACGGCUUCCCGGGGCUUCCCCGCCCAGACGGCCAGCGCCUUCAAGCAGCGGCCCUACAGCGUGGCCGUGCCCGCCUUCUCCCAGGGGCUGGACGACUACGGGGCCCGGGCCGUGAGCAGCGGCAGCGGCGCGCUGGUGUCCACAGUGUGAGGGCGCCGACCUCGGGCAGCCGCCGCUCGGGAGAAGCCUCCGCACCCGCGUCUGCCCGCCCUCCUUUGGUUCCCUCCUGAGCUCUCGUCGGCGGUCCCUGGGCCGUUUCUCUUCCCCACCUGCCCCCUCUCGCCUUUGGUUGGUGACCCAACUCCGAGACCCUCAGGGCCCAUGGUGCUGCCCAGCUCUGCUCCGUGUUUACGCACCCCCGGUGUCCUGCCAGGCGGGCGUCCCGGCCUCUGCUCCCCGCCCGCCCGCCGCGACGCGCUGCCCCUCCCGAAGGCUCGCCACAAGCCAGCGCUGAAGUUUGAAGAAAAAGAAAAAUCUUAAAAAAAAAACCCUGAAAACAGGGAAAGGACUUUUUUCCCUGAAACAAAAAGACAUGCAUGGACUCCGGUGUACGUCCUGUUACUCACGCACUUGACCUCCCCCGGCGCACGCUCACCGUCUGCCAAGAAGGGAAGGGACCGGGGCUCCCGGAGGCUCAUGGCCCCGCGGGCACCGUCCAAGGGCCACCCCCGUUCGGGGCCUCCUGAGGGAGCUGGCCGCUCCUGUGAGGGAGGCCGUGGCCCAGGCCUGGCCCCAGCCUCGAGGCCGGGUGCCCGAGGCCUGCCUUCUCUGUGGACGCUGUUGCACGGUGUACAGGGACCGGGGCGUGAGUGUCACUUCUGGCGUGGCGGCCUCACACAGUGCCCUGAUGGGAGGGGGUGGGGAGCAGGCGCUGCCCGGCCGCACACGGACAUUCCAAAGACUUCCAGAGUCCACCCCACCCCACACGUUCUGGAAACUGGUUCUUUAACAGGCCCUGUGUGGGAGUCUCAGCCACCUGGCUGCACAGGGCAGGGCCACCAGGAGGGUGGCUUUGGGCACUCCGCCCACGUGCCUGCCGUUCUGGGGGAAGCAGGCAGUCCCUGCCCCUGUCCCUCCUAAACACUCGUCCUCUUGUGUGUCUUGGCGACUUCAGAAAGAGACUUGCUGGACUUGGAGGUUACUGGUGUUGCCGCCUCACACCCCAAGUCUGGGCAGCGGGGGGGGCGGCCCCCAGGCCCCCCCGCAGGAGCCCAGGACAAGGUGGACGCUCCUCCUCCGACCUGACCUUUUGCGAAGCCUCCCCCAGAUCAGGGCGUGGCCAGCAGGGUGUGUGGCAGAAGCCACUCAAGACAAGGACAGACCACUCUGUGUCUGAGGAAACCGUGAAGCCAGAACCUGGACCUGUGCAAAAGAGCCUCGGGUGGCGUCCCCUGCAGACAGGCCCCCCACCCGUGGGUGCCGCGUGUGACGGACGCACAGACGCAAGCGCGAAACUCGGAGCUCGUGCGAAGCCGUCAAGCGCUGAAGAUACUUUUCCUGUUUCUUUUUUUAAAUCUGAAUUGUGCCCUGUACUGCAGUGGUUUGAAUAAAAGUUUUAUUUAUUGCA